GUCUGGGUAACGAUGUAAACUAAAAACGCCCCACGCGGAAAUCACGGCCUAGUCUCUGAAUGAACUUUUAUCAUUGAAUUGGUCAUUAUUUGUAAUCUUUUUUUUCCCUCCUGGUAUCGAUAACAAUGGCUUUCUUCGGAAUCACAUGUUUGGGCUACCAGGAGCCGUUCAAAUCCAGGACUUUACAAUCGUGGGGAGGAGUGUCUUAUUACAGAGGUGAUGAGAAAAGGGAAGGUUCAGAUUCCAAACUGCCUCCGAUCCACAGGACAAGCAGCACAGCACUGCACAAAGGAAGCCAGGAACGACACAAGGAGAUGAUCAAACGAGUCCAGAUGCCAAACUCUCCCAAUCAGAUUUAUCGAGUGCCCCUGACCAGCGGCCAGCAGUACGGCUGGUGGAUGCCCAGAGCAAACCAGACUGCCAUAGAGAAGACAGAGCCUUGGACGCGGAUCACCCGGCAGCCCAGGCGAAACAGCGAGAUGACCAGGUUUGUGGACCAAAUGACAUUGACGAACCGAGACUUCAGCUUAUUCUGAACAGUCUUUGAUAAAGACUAAGCUUUGCGUGGCGGUCAGUGCCUCGCCAGAGACAGACAGAUGCAAUCCAGCUAAAUUAAAGACAAUUGUAAACUUUGAAAUCAGGUGCUGUUAUUCAACCUCUAGGCCACGAGCUCUCUCCAAAAAAAAAAUAGCUUUUGAAAAUCAUUUUGUAAAUAAAAUCUUAAAACACA